AUGGUGCCAGAGCUGCAGAUCCAUCCCAAAUCCGUCCCCCACAGCAUAGUUAACAAUGACCCCGGUGCCGUCAACGCACAGUCUAAUGCAGACGCCGGCAGCAGCCUGCUUAAGCGAAAAGUCUCUCAAAAGAAGGAUAUGCCGCUUUCGUGCCAGAGAUGCCGUCUCAAGAAAGUAAAAUGCAACCUAGAGCAUCCUUGCUCCAGCUGCGUCCGUUUGGGCGUCGAGUGCAUUGUUUUAAGCGACAUGAGGAAGAAACGGCCCAACGCUACGUAUGUUUCCAAGUUGGAAAGAAAGAUCAAGCAGAUGUCGACGUUUUUCAACAAACUCGAGGCGCUUCCCACGCCCCAGGAAAAGCAGAAUUACCUUGAUGCCCACGCCAGCGAGUUGCAUCUGGUUUUGCAAGAACCGGACGAGGACGAAAAGACGGAGGAGGAAACUGAAAAAAAGGUUUCCAUCGAACCACAGCCAGCCUCGAAAAUCCGGCCCGUUUACGGCCCCACGUCCGUCUACGACAACGACCAGGACCACCGGAUGCAGCCUGUAAGCGACAAGAAGGGCACCCACAACAUCACCGUUUUAAACCAGCUCAACAAGUCCCCAGACAUUCUCCACUGCCUCAAGCUCUUUUUCACCUGGCAGUACCCGGACCACAACAUGUACGUUUUCCGAGAAGCGUUUUUGAUUGACUUUUUCAACCCGAAACCAGACACCUUGUACUGCUCCCCUGUGCUAGUGCUCAGCAUAUGUGCGCUAGGAGCCCGGAUGUCUGAAAUCGACACUAUUUAUAACCGCUCCAAGUCCUUCUACAACGAGGCCCGGAGCCUCUUGCUUCUGAGCUUGGAGCACCCGUCCAUCACCCACGUGCAGAGCUUUCUUCUUUUGGCCUUCUACGAUAUCUGCAACGGAAACAACUCCACCGGCUGGAUGCUUUCAGGAAACGCCAUGCGGAUGGGUUUUGAUUUGGGCUUCCAGCUCCAUCCGGAGGUGUGGUUUUUGAAAAACAGAGGCGCCUUGAAACAGCUAGACGUGGCGAUCAGAAGCAGGAUCUACUGGGGGUGCUACAUGGCUGACCACUUCAUCAGUCUUAUUUUGGGGAGGCCUUCAUUGUUGAAGCUGUCGGACGCUACGAUUCCCGAAACGGAGGAUUUGCCUGAAUUGGCCUGGAUCAAAGAGUACAAGUAUGUUCCCGAUAACGUCACCAACAUCUCGGACCCGCUCAAGAACAUCAUCAACUUGAUCAACAUUUCCGAUAACAUGCUCAACGAUAUUUUCACAAAGGGCGACCACGGGCCAGACCACCAGGAUCUCGACGGUGACGACCUCAAUCUCGUUUCUCGUCUUUCCAUGUUGUACGCCUAUAACGACCAGAUCAUGAAGUGGAAACACAACUUACCGCCGGAUCUCAACUGGGACCAGGAGAGUUUGAAAAGAACUUCCGACAAUCCCACCGUCUCCGGCGUGCGCUACUACUACUACAUCUUGGUGCUUUGUCUCAACCGUCCUUUUGUGGGUAUAGCCCGAAACAUCAGAAACAAAAACCACCUUUCGCCAGCUGUCGUGUGCACAAACGCCAUUGACGAGAUCUACUUGGCCAUCCAGACGUUUCAGAAAGCCCACGGGCUCCGCAGAGCCUCCAUCUUCAUUGUCUACUGCAGCAUUUUGUCGAUUUCGGUGAUUCUCUUGACCACCACCUCAGAGCUGCUAGGCCAGGACAAGAAGGAAAAGCUUAUAUAUUUUCUCAAUGUGCUUGUGGGCUGCUCCAAGACCUGGGCAUUGGCGGAAAAGUCCCAUAAAUUAAUCAGAGGCAAGCUUCUGUUGCAGUUUAGCCACGACCCCGAUUUCAACCCAGACACUAGAAGACCCAAAAAGCCGAAAACGGACCGCAAGAAGGUGCCCAAAAGGAACCCCAGCGAAAACCCCGUGGUGGUCAAAAUGGAGGAAUCCUCCUCGGACGCUACAUCCAAUGCUUCAGAAAGACAGCACCCCAGUCCUUUUCAACAACCCGAUCCCUUCAACCCAAUUCCAAACAUCCCAGAUACAAACUCCGACGAUCUCGAUUUUCCUCCCUUGGACGAGGCAAAUGUCGAGUUCUUUGGUCCCCCAGUGCUCAUGACUUCAGAUCUUUUCAACGAAGACUGGGAAGCGCUUUUCCCAGAUUCCAUCUUCAGCUCCAAGACCCACGAACUGUAA